AUGCCUCAGCAAACCCUCGACCGUCUCGUUCCUCGCGGCCUUGUCAGUGCGGAACUAGUCUUCUACGAGCCCCCGGCUGAUGGAUCAGCUCCAUUCAACUACGUGGAAGAACCCUCCACGGGCCAGAAACCUCGUAAUUAUGGCAGUUUGAUAAAGACAGUCCCCAUAUCCGAUAUCCGAGGAGAAGAAGAUCGAAUGUCUCUAGAUCGGGAAGGGUUCGAGAUCUUGCACAACGUUCCGUCGUCAGCGACCUAUGAGACCUUUUCCUCGGAGGAUGAAAUCAAAAAGUGCUACUAUCCAGAGGUGGAAAGACUGCUUCUAGACUCCAUCCCGGGCGCACACUCUGUUGUCCUCUUCGAUCAUACUAUUCGACGAGCGAUCCCCCAGGCGGCCCGCCAGCCAGUCAACCAAGUACACGCGGACCAGACCAAACGAUCCGCCGAGAUGCGCGUCCGUAGACAUAUUCCUGAUCCAGCGGACGCAGAGAGGCUUCUCCAGGGACGGUAUCGUAUCAUCAACGCCUGGAGGCCAAUCAACGGCACGGUCGAGUCCUCCCCGCUGGCGUUCGCGAGUGCUGUAACGUCGUGCGAUUCCGACUUCGUCACGAUUGAGCACCGCUACCCCAAUUUCAAUGGUGAAAUCAUGGGGGUCAAGUACAAUCCGAACAUGCAGUGGAAAUAUGUCUCGGGGCUGCGAGGUGAUGAGACACUCCUUAUCAAAUGCGCGGACACACAGGCUGGUGUGGCACAACAGAUAGCCCGCUCAGCUUUUGUUGACCCUCGCUCAAGGAUCGAUGCCAAACUGAGGGAAAGCAUUGAGGUCAGAGCAUUGGUAUUUGGUUGA